AUGAGCUCACCUCCCAAACUCAUGCCAGCCUUAUCUCAACUAUCCAAGCCUCUCUCAUCUCUCCAACUCAAGCCAGCCUUCUUUCAACUACUAAAGCCUCAUCCACCUCUUAAACUCAAGCCAGCCCUCUCUCAAAUAGUCAAGCCGCUCUCAUCUUCAACUCAACCAGCCUUCUCUCAACUAUACAAGCCUCUCCCAACUCUCCAACUCAAGCCAGCCUUCUCUCAACUAUCCAAGCCUCUCUCAUCUUUCCAACUCAAGCCAGCCUUCUCUCAACUACUCAAGCCUCUCUCAUCUCUCCAACUCAAGUCAGCCUUCUCUCAACUAUUCAAGCCUCUCCCAUCUAUCCAACUCAAGCCAGCCUUCUCUCAACUACUCAAGCUUCUCUCAUCUCUCCAUCUCUCGCCAGCCUUUUCUCAACUAUUCAACCCUCUCUUAUCUCUCCAACUCAAGCCAGCCUUCUCUCAACUUUUCAAGCCUCUCCCAUCUAUCCAACUCAAGCCAGCCUUCUCUCAACUACUCAAGCUUCUCUCAUCUCUCCAACUCUCGCCAGCCUUCUCUCAACUAUUCAACCCUCUCUUAUCUCUCCAACUCAAACCAGCCUUCUCUCAACUAUUCAAGCCUCUCCCAACUCUCCAACUCAAGCCAGCCUUCUCUCAACUAUCCAAGCCUCUCUCAUCUUUCCAACUCAAGCCAGCCUUCUCUCAACUACUCAAGCCUCUCUCAUCUCUCCAACUCAAGCCAGCCUUCUCUCAACUUCUCAAGCCUCUCUCAUCUCUCCAACUCAAGCCAGCCUUCUCUCAACUACUCAAGCCUCUCUUAUCUCUCAACUAUUCAAGCCUCUCUCAUUUCUCAAACUCAAGCCAGCCUUCUCUCAACUAUUCAAGUCUUUCUCAAACUCAAGCCAGCCUCUCUCAUCUCUCCAACUCAAGCCAGCCUCUCUCAACUAUUCACGCCUCUCCCAUCUCUCCAACUCAAGCCAGCCUCUCUCAUCUCUCAAACUCAAGCCAGCCUUGUUUCAACUAUUCAAAUCUCUCUCAUCUCACUAACUCAAACGAAUCUUCUGUCAACUAUCCAAGCCUCUAUAAUCUCUCCCACUCAAGCAAGCCUCUCUCAUCUCUCCAACUCCAUGCAGCUCAUGGCAACUCAAACCAAUUCCUCGAUUGA